AUGUUGGCACGCCCGCCCAUCCGCAGCCUCAUCGCCUCCACCGCCUUCCGUCUAUCGCGUGCUGCUAUUCCGCUUGUCUCCACCUCGCGCUUCCCCACAGCCGCCGCUUCUGCUGCUGCUACGCGAGCCAUCGCCAUGUCUUCCACCAACAACGCCGCUGCUCCAGCAGGAGCAUCGCAACCCGUGAUGCCCACGUUCGAAAAGUCGCCUCUGCCCGACUUUAGCGUUUCGAACCCGCUCGGCGCUCCCAACCGCUACGUCUCGACCGCAGCGUGUCUCAUCAUCGGCGACGAAGUGCUCAAUGGCAAAACCAAAGAUUCCAACAGCAACUAUCUUGCCAAAUUCUGUUUCGACCUGGGCAUCGAUCUCAAACGCAUAGAGGUGAUCCCGGACGAUGAGGAGGUGAUUGUCGAGGCGGCGAAGCGGUUGACGUCGCAAUUCGAUUUCGUCGUCUCUAGUGGCGGGAUUGGGCCUACGCCGGACGAUAUCACGUACUCGGCGAUGGCCAAGGCAUUCUCGGCCGACGGCAAGCUGGUGUACGACGACGAGGUGAUCCGGCGCAUGGCCGAGAACCUGAAAGCGCGACAGGUCAACACGGAGGGCAUCACGGAGGACAUGAUCACCGCGCGCAAGCGCAUGGCGCUCUUCCCGGCCUCGGACGCCGAGGUCAUCUUCCCGACCACCAACCUCUGGGUUCCCGUCGUCCGCAUGCACGGCAGACUCUGCAUCCUCCCCGGCGUCCCGCGCCUCUUCGAAGCGCUCCUCGACGGCCUGGAACCCUACAUCCCCCUCGACCCCAACCGCCAACGUCCCUACCGCAUCCUCAUCCACACCCGCCUCCCCGAAUCCAACAUCUCGCCCUUCCUCGUCGAACUCACGGACAAGUGCAAACCCCUCAACAUCAAGGUCGGCAGCUAUCCCAAGUGGAACAACGGCGUAGACGUCAGCCUCAUCGGCACGGAUCUGCAGCAGCUGCAACAGCUCAUUCCAGAGGUCGAGCAAAACGUCCAGGGCAAGUUGGUAGAGAGCCGCCAGCUCGGCAAGAAUCCACAACAGCAACACACACACAAGAUCUAA